AUGCCUUUAGCUAGCGAGGACGUCCGCGACGCAGAGAAAAACCCGACCAAUACCGACAACGUCAUUCCAGAAGAUGCAAGCCGCGGAUUAAGAGCAUGGCCCAGCACGCGCGACGACGAGAUACAAGAAGCUGAAGAGGCACAAGAAGAGGAUGUUGAACCCCACGAAAAGGCAAUGGAGCAACCGAGUGGCAUCUCAAAGGUCCUGUCGAGGAGGUCUGCAGCGUCGAGUUGGAGAGACCCUGGGCCUGCGCCAGACGGUGGGUCAGCCUGGAUCCAGGUCCUUUGCACCCACAUUACCGUCUUCAAUACUUUUGGUUUCUUCACAUCCUUUGGUGUGUUCCAGACGUACUAUCAGACAACGUUGGGCAUUUCUCCAUCCACUAUUUCCUGGAUUGGCUCGUUACAGGUCUUCCUACUCUUUGGCAUUGGCACAUUUACCGGCAGAGCGACAGAUGCAGGCUUUUUCCGCCAUUCAUACAUUGCUGGCGCUGUGUUCCAAAUCAUCGGAGUCUUCACAAUGGCUGAAAGUACGAAGCUUUGGCAUCUGUUCUUAUCGCAAGCCAUCUGUCUUGGUAUAUCGAAUGGUCUGCAAUUUUGCCCAGCCAUGGCUCUCGUAUCGACGUACUUCGUGAAGAGAAGGGCUUUCGCGAUGGGCUUGACAGCGCUAGGAUCCUGCACGGGAGGCGUCAUCAUGCCCGUCAUUGUCCAACAGUGUCUCCCACGCCUCGGCUUUCCAUGGACAAUCCGUAUCAUCGGCUUUAUCAUGCUCGCUCUCAACGUCGUCGCCAUUACCCUCUUUCGUACACGUCUCCCACCACGCAAGAGCGGCGAAAUCGUGGACUGGGCUUCCUUCCGUGAGCUACCCUACUCGCUCUUCUGCGCAGCAAUGUUCUUCAAUUUCUGGGGGUUGUACUUCGCUUUCUUCUACGUCGGCGCAUACGGUCGUAACGUCUUGGGCGUGUCGUACCAGUCUUCUAUCAAUCUCUUGCUGGUCACCGUCUGCAUGGGCUUCGUCUUCCGCCUCCUUCCCACCUACUACGCCGACAAAAUCGGCUCUCUCAACGUGCUCAUCCCAUUUGCCUUUCUCUGUAGCAUCAUGAUGUACUCCUGGAUCGGGAUCCACAGCAUUGGCGGACUGUACACCUUUGCCGCCAUCUACGGUUCCGGAUCCGCCGUCAUCCAAGCGCUGUGGCCUGCCAUCAUCGGUAAGUGCAGCAAAGUGCAGGAUUUGAAGAGAGCUGGUGUGAGAAUGGGCAUGGCGUUUACGAUUGUGAGCUUUGCGAGCUUGACGGGACCGCCGCUUGCCGGGGCGCUGAUUCAGUCUGCGGGCGGGAGUUACACGUAUGCGAAUAUCUGGGCGGGGACGAGUUUUUUGAUUGGAGGGUGCUUGUUGAUUGCGACGAGAUGGGCGCUUGUGGGUAUGGAUUGGAAGGCUAAUAUUUAA